AUGCCUCUCAGAGCCAAGAUCAUGGCUGCGGAGGCUUCAUCACGCGCACAGAUGUCGACGAAGGUUCCGCAGCAGUUUAAGGAGCGCCCCGGGGACGAGCCAGACGAUGUCCUCUUCGACAGCCUUUACGGUCUGCGGACCAUUCAGCUCAACCGCCCGAAGAAGCUCAACUCUUUAAACGGGAGUAUGAUUCGCAAGAUCCUCCCUAGACUGGUGGAGUGGGAGAAGUCGGAUUUGGCGAACGUGGUGGUCAUGAAGGGAGCCGGCGAAAAGGCUUUCUGCGCUGGUGGAGACGUUGUCCAGCUGGCCCAGUAUAACCAACAGCGCACGGAUGGGUGGAAGAAGAGCGCCGACUACUUUGCGCUUGAGUACCAGCUGGACCACUACAUUGCGACGUACGCCAAGCCGUACAUUGCCUUCAUGGACGGCAUCACGAUGGGUGGUGGUGUUGGUUUGAGCAUCCACGCCCCGUUUCGUAUUGCCACCGAGCGCACCGUCUUCGCCAUGCCCGAGACAACGAUUGGGUUCUUCCCUGACGUUGGUGCUUCGUUCUUCCUGCCCAGAAUGGCCGGGUCCGUUGGCACUUACCUCGCCCUGACGAGCGAGAGACUUCAGGGUGCCAACGUCUUCUACUCCGGCGUCGCCACCCACUACCUCCACUCGACCUCCCUGCCGCAGCUGGAGUCUCGUCUCGCCGAGAUCCGGUUCCGUGACUACGACUCUGUGGAGAAGCGCCUCCAAAUCAUCAACCAGACCCUCGAGGAGUUCGUCACUGGUCUCCCCCACGACGAGCCAAUUCUACUGGGCGGCGGUCUGCGCAAAGCUAUCGACCGUUGCUUCAACAAGGGCAACAUUGCCGACAUCGUCGAGGCUCUCAAGGGCGAGAAGGGCGCUACCAAGGAGUGGGCCGAAAAGACCUUGGACACGCUGCACAAGCGGUCGCCGACGGCCGUCAACGUUGCGCUGAGACAAAUGCGCAUCGGCCGCAGUUGGUCGAUCGCCGAGACCUUCCAACGCGAGCACCAGAUUGCGAGAAAGUUUAUGCAGCACCCCGACUUUACCGAAGGCGUAACAGCGCUGCUGGUGCACAAGAAGAAGCCCAAGUGGCAGCCGGCAAAGUUGGAGGACAUCAAGCCUGAGAUGAAGGUCACAGAUGACUUCUUCAAGACCUCUGGCGAGCCGCUUCAGCUGCUGAACAACCGUGACUACAAGGAGUACCCUUACUCCCACUUUGCACUGCCGACUGAGAAGGAAGUCCGUGACAUUGUCCUGCAGGGACAGUACACCCCCCAACAGAUUGUGAAGAAGGUAGUGGGGUCGCAAAACAACCGGCAGGGUGUCAAGGAGGUGGUCAAGGAUAUCGUCGACCGCAAUGUUAUUGUCAAAGAAAAUGAAGGUGGGCGUGCCGCCUGGCGCGAAUCAUAA